AUGGCUGGGCAGCAGACGCUUAUCGCCUUCUUGCUGUUCGCAAGUGUGCGUGGUGAUGUACGGGCACGGAACCUCCAAGCGCUGGAUGGCCUGAUGGAUGCAACGUGCAUGACCUCGUGCCCAGGGAGCUUAAACAUGCUCAUGGACGUGAGCUCCUUCUUGCCCCAAGACACGGGCUUGGAGGGUCUUUUAGCUCUGGCUGCAGGGGGUGAAGUCAGUGGCCUGGUAGGAGCGCUUGCUCAAGCCAUGUGCAAGCACACAAGCGUGAUGACUUGCAUGGCAACGCAGUGUGUGCCAGAAAAUGCCACCACCGGCAGCAACACCAUGAAUGUGAGCAUUGACACCCUGGCCCAGUUCAUCCCCUGUUUUUGUGAUGCCUGCCCGGGCAUGGAUUCGCUCUUGGCAAGCAUGGCAUCCGUUGCCCCCACGUUGCAGAAUUUGACGUCGGUACCCACGGACGCGCUGAACCUUGCAUGCCCAAUGGUUGACGCCAGCGAGUGCUUGGUGACCAACGCACAGUGCGCUUCACUUGCAUUUACACCUUUUGAUGCAUGA